AUGAGAUCUCUCACGAAAGGGAGAGAAAUAGAGAUCGAUCAAGAGAGAGAAAUGGAGAGAUUUCAUGAGAGACAGAGAGAGAAGAGAGGUAUCACGAAAGAGGGAGAGAGAGAAAUAAGACAAAAAUGA